AGAACCAGGACCAGCAUGAUAGUACCUACCUAGCAAUAGAAGAUACACGACAAGCACCCAGUACAUGAUGUAGUGGAUCAGGAUCGAUGCAAGCAGAACUUUAAGAAUGAUCUUGCUCGAUCGAUGCUGGCGACUUGAAUGUAGAAGUCCCUAGAAGCCAGGAGUUUUUUGCCGAUUUUACUGCUUGGAAGCAAAUAGCUAUGAUUGUGCAGGUAAGAGAAUCUGUUCGUCGUGUAGUUGGAAGAGCAUCACUGUACUACGCCAUUUUUUUUCUUGUGUGGUUGUGGAUCAUCUUCCGUGAUAUCCACCAUAUCCAUCAAAUUCGAAUUGGAUGAAAGUUAUGAAUCACCAUGAAAGGUAGAAAACGGAGACGGACCCCCAAAGAAACUGAAUCACACAAUAAAACAGAAAGGAAAGAUUUCGGCUUCAUCAGGUACUAUUUGGAGUCUACUGUUUUUCGGGUAAUUAUUCAAGAUUUCAUCUUAUUCGGAUAAAGUUCUUGUUUUCAGAAGAGUCAUCAAGAAUUUCGGUGAACAACAUGUCUGGCUACAGGGUUGGAGGACGUCCGCUCGCGCUGCGUGGAUUGGUCGCAUGCAGCAUGCGUUUGCUGGCUGUUGGUACUAGUUCCACCACGACCCUUGUGCCAGGGGUUCUCGGUCUCGGCCUGAGGACGGGUUCGGGCACGACCGCGACCGGUGGAGGUGGUGGUGAUCCUCCGAAAAACAUCAAGACGAGUAGUUUUCUGCCCCCGCCACAGUUGGACCUGUCGGCCGGCACGAUGGAUGAUCCUAAAGAAGUAGAGGAGUUUGAUCGCCGUGCUCCGGGAGUGGAUGAGCAAGAAGAGCCGGUCUCCCCGGAAGAUCAAACGCGGUUCCUCCAAGCUGCCAAGAUGGGAGACUGGGAUACCGUGCGCAACAUGGUGCGGGAAAGCAACUCGCCCUGCGCCCUGGCGAAUGUGCAGUCGCCGAAGAGCAGCUCCUGCACGACUUCUACCGUCAAAGGAGGUUUGAUGUGUUCCUCCUCGUCGUCGUCGCAGCACGAGCAGGUGGAGAACAAGCUGGUUGAAGACAAGCAAGUUCAAGAUCAAGUACAACAUGAUGGGACGACGUCGACGAAGAUGAUGAACCAGAACAACAUGAUCCUCGAAGAACGCGAACCGCAGACCGCCUUAGAGGCUGCGGCGGCCAGUGGCAACUUCCACCUGGUGUAUUUUCUUGUCGAGAACGGGGCAGACCCGCUGCUGGGUGGAAAGGAGGGCAACGCCGAACAGGCUCUGAUCCACAGCCCGAAGAAUAAAAACCUCCACCCGGACACGCGCGAGGCCAUCCAAUCCACGCUGCGGCGGGCGCGUCGGGGGGCCGGGGAGCACGGCGGAUUGUUCUCCGCUCGCACGCGAAAGCUGAAGCUGUGCUCGCGGUUUGGUGUGGGCGGUUCGUCCACCUGUAGUUUUGUGGACGGCGGGGGGUUCAUUUGCAACAAAGAGCACCACGACCACGAUCACCACGGUAGUUGUAAAAAUAAGGAUGCGCCGCCGCCUGCGGAAGCGCAAGCUGACAAAUGCGAAACUAUUUUCGCUGAUCAACAUCUACUUUCUAACGCCCAUGAGGAAAAAGACGCUGGUAAAAAUUCCAUUCUGCAGCAGGAACAGCAUCAUCAAGGAAAACAACAGGAGGACAAACAUCAGCUCUCCUCUUGCUCUAUCAACUGUAAAAAUGUCUGGGACUGGGUCUGGAAGAAUCCAACUUGUCAUGCUGAUUUUGGAUCCUAAAAAAAUCUGUAUUGCAUGAGCAGCAAAGAGAGUCCAAGUUUUGCUACACGGAAAGAGCAUUUGUCAAGCGGUAUAGGCAUCAGGAAGCCCUCACAAAAUCUGUGAUGGUAGGGCAUGCAUCACAGACAUCAGGAGUCAUGCAAAAUGUGCAUAAUAAGCCUGGCAAUCUUCCAGACCCAGACAUUUUUACAUUUGAUAUGCUCCAGUUCGUUUUUCUGUCCGCCGCCUGCCCCGAAACGGGCCCGCACUACCUCUGCGGCCUCGACGUCCGCGACUGCUGGUACGAAUGCGAUUGCACUUUUAAAGGGGAUGGAUGUGCUGGAUCUGCAGCACAUGAACACGGAACAUGUCGUGCCAAAAACGUCGAAAUGCAGCAAGGCUUUUGCUUUCCCGCAGGCGUCGGGGGAGAUCAAAGUCCGCGUUUUCCUAAGAAAUUGCAAUAAGAGCAUCGCGCGGCUACCUUGAUGAUGUAUAAUAGUUUCUUUAACAAAACGACAACGAGGUGGAGGUGUGCAUAUUGUAUAAAUUUGGAUGCUGUUGAUAAUUAAGUACUAGGAUUUUCGACGUAAAAAAAACGCUACGAGAAGAUGGAGAUCUCUGGUGCUGCUGCUGCAGUAAAAAUUUAUUUGAUCCUUGCAAUCACUACCCCAGAUGAACCACGAGUAGCACGGGAGUCUCUGUUUUUAACAGCAUAUUUGGAUAGUGACAAUAACUCGCUGCAGCUGUGUCUCUCGACGUCGCACACCGCGAAUCACGACACGGAAUUCGCGAAAUUGAAUAAGCAGAUCGCUGACUGGCUGGGAACGGAAAAAUUCACCAUUUUCUGUCCUGGCGGGCGGGUUACUUCUCGCAGCGGCUCGACCAGCGCGUUGUCUUCCCCUGUUGUCGCUGGAGUUGGAGGUGGAAAGGGAAACGGGGUGGCCGUGCAAAACUUUGGGGAUCUGCUGAAGCAGCACAUGACGCAGAAGAAGGGCGUGGUGGAGGUGCACGAGCUACUACACGAGCAUGAUCAGAAAGCGAAGGACUAUAAAGUCUCAAAGAGGACCUCAGACUGCACAUCGGCACAGCAGGAGCAAGACGAACUGUGCUUGCGCGUGGUGUUGCAGGAUCAGGCGUGAGGAUCCGAGACAAUGGCUAUGGUUGUAGUGAGGAAGAAAGUCUAGUGGUUUGUAGUUCUUGCAGACAUCAAGAAACUCAAACUGAUACUGAUAGAACCGAAAGAACAGCGAUACUCAACAAUGGAGCGGAGGUUAUAUCAGUCUCGACAUUUUGCAUUUUAAGCACGGAAUGAAACAGCGUGACCACUUCACGAUAUUAUUCAUUGCGUCACCACAACUUGCUGAUCUGAAUCUGAUUAUUGAUUGGAAGCACGACUCCGCUGUGUUUUGCAACUGAAUACGAGAAUAUAGAUCUCUUUGUUUAUUACCCAACACGACAAGGUAUGACUCCUAAGGCCGAGAUACAUAUGGUGAGUGGUGUUGCUAGUAGGGAAUAAAAUCAGUAGGAUUGUCACUAUGCGGUGGAUGUCAUGAGAAAACAAGAUGGCACGGAGCUAGCAGCUGGUACACCAUGGCCUGGUUUAAUACUUCC